AUGCUCGUCCUUGUCCGGCUUGCUUUAAUUUUACCUUUGUAUUUUUACACUGCCAUCAACGCCAAUGAGAUCAACGCCGUUAACAAUGAGGAUAGAAUGUCAAGUCAGUUUUAUUUUUUGUUUUAUGCAUUGAUUCGAGCAGUCCACAUAGUUUUAUUUCAGCAUCUGCUGUGACUUUUCAACUCCCACUGGAAAACCUUCUAAAUGUUUUGUAUUAUGCCAGAAUCUCAAUUGGAUCUCCCCCUUCAACGUUCAGGUUGGCGGUUGAUACGGGGUCUCAUGUAACAUGGGUCACCAAAGCAGGAUGCAAAGACUCUAAAAAUAAAAAUAAAACUUGUCGAUCCCCGCGCUUCUAUGAGCCGCAAAAGUCGGCCACAGCCGCUUUUUACGACAUUCACGAUACGCACGACGGGUAUAGUCUGAUUUAUUCGGACUCGACGAGAGUGUCCCUCGAGCACCGCAAGGAUGAAGUGAUCGUAAGUUAUUGUUCCUAAAAUUUAAAAAAAUUAAAGAAUAUUGUGUUUCAUUUCUCGAAUUCAUGUCAUGUCUUCAGCUAGGGUAUCCAAUCGAUGGCUUUCGUUUGAAAGCGCCAGUUCCGUUCGCAGCCGCUGUCAUGCGCUCCGAUUCCAACUAUUCGCGAGCAGAUGGAAUUCUCGGCCUAUCGAAGAAGGCCUUUUCCCCAAGUUUUAUCGAAAAUGUUCUAGAUGACAACUUUUCUCAAUCAGUUUUUACGUUGUAUUUUCGGCAUUGCGCAACGGAAACAUGUGUGGACAGCGGGCACUUGACGUUUGGAGGGUUUGACUACCUGCAUUGUGAGGAUGAUUACGAGUGGAUACCCGCUGAUACAUCAAACGGAAAAUGGCAUAUCCAAGUCGAAUCAUUUUCGGUUGGAAGCGCCGUUGCCAGAAAUUUUACGGUAGGUUGAUGGAGAAAGGAUUUAAGGUUUUACGAUUUUUUAAGACUACCUAGGAAAAAUAAUGGUCGAUUUACUAUGAAUCUCAAGAUAAGGCCUAUUUUCAGUCAUUUUUUGUCCAGGUUUUUUCUCUGCAUUAAUAACCCUGGGAAAAGAUUAAUUCCGGCGUAAUCUUUUACCGAAUUAUUAUAACGAAUUGUUUUUUAGGCACUCUCCGAUAGUGGAACUUCAAGGAAUUAUAUGCCCUCGGAAUUCCUCAGCGCCUUUUAUAAGGAAUUGGGUGCGGAAAAGGACGGAAAAUAUUAUUUCAUGCGUUGUGAUUCGACGGCUGAAGUUGAAUUCACAAUUAAUGGUCGCCAAUAUUCAAUGGCAAUUCAGAAUUUCUUUUUCUAUUUGGGGAUUCUAAGAGGAGAAGAGUAUUGCGCUUUGGCAACAUUCGAUCGAAACCGUUGGGUUUUUGGGACUUCGAUGUUCAGAGAGUUCUGCCAUGUUUAUGAUCUGAAGAAUGAGAGACUGGGAUUGGCCAAGAUCAGGAAGUUCAAUGAAUUAUAUGGGGUCGGGAAAUUAUGGGUGACGCAGAGUCGGGUGGUGCAGGUUGGGGUGAGAACUUUCGGGUGAUCGCAAUUUCGGGUGAUAAAAAAUCGUGUGGCGCAUAUUCGGGUGAUGGAAUUUUGGGGUGGGGGGAGUCUCGGGUGAUAAAGAGAAUAUUGUAUAAUGGCUACUAAAUAUGACGUAACAUUGUUAAAAUUUUAUUUUUUGAAGGUUUCAAUGUCAACCCCAAAAAAGCAUACAAUUUUAGAAAUUUUAAAAUUUUAACAAUGUUACGUCAUAUAGGGCUCGUGCUUUAUAAGUUUCGUCGGCUUUGCAAAAAAAUGUUGCAAAAGGGCGUUCAGAAUUCGCUCUGAACGCCAUUUUGCAACAUCAGUUCACGAUUUUUCACGAUUUGAACUGAUGUUGCAAAAAGGCGUUCAGAGCGAAUUCUGAACGCCUUUUUGCAACAUUUUUUUGCAAAGCCGACAAAACUUAUAAAGCACGAGCCCUAUAUUUAGUAGCCAUUAUACAAUAUUUUUGUCUUUAGUAGCCGUCAGUACAAUAUUUUCUUCAUCACCCGAGAGUUCCCCCACCCCAAAAUUCCAUCACCCGAAUAUGCGCCACCCGAUUUUGCAUCACCCGAAAUUGCGAUCACCCAAAAGUUCUCACCCGAACCUGCACCACAAGACUCUGCGUCACCCAUAAUUUCAGUCACCCGAAUUAUACGCCUUCGGAAUUGCUCACCACAUUCUAUAA